CUGUUUUGUGUGCAGGGUUCAGAGAUAUUCACUGUUUUUGCCAAAGACGGGGACCAGAACAACCCCAACGCCAUGCAUUACUCCAUUCUGAGCGGCAGCGACGGCUUCUUCAUCAUCAACAGCUCGAGCGGCUGUAUCAGCUUGACAUCAUUUCCUGUACAGCUGAAGAACGAGUUAUAUGAGUUAAAAGUCAAGGCUGCAGAGGUUGGACCCGACGGGUUUUCUGACUACAGCAUAACCACAGUCACUAUUCGUGUGGUGGACCUCAACAACCACCCGCCCACUUUCUACGGUGAGAACGGUCAGCAGAACCGCUUCGAGCUGACCAUGUACGAGCAUCCACCGGAAGGAGAGAUACUCCGCGGCCUGAAGAUCACGGUCAACGACUCAGACCAGGGAGCAAAUGCUAAGUUCAGGCUGCUGUUGGUGGGACCCUCUCGAGUUCUCCGUGUGGUUCCUCAGACGGUUCUCAAUGAAGCACAAGUCACCAUCAUUGUGGAAAACUCGUCCGCCAUCGACUACGAAAAAUACCAAUUCUUAACAUUCAAGCUGUUAGCGGUGGAGAUUGACACUCCCGAGCGCUUCAGUGCCACUGCGGAUAUCGUCAUCGAUCUUUUGGACACAAACGACAACGUUCCAAAGUUCUCCUCUGAGUUUUACAUCGCCAGGAUCCCUGAGAAUUCCCCAGGAGGCUCCAACGUCGUCUCAGUGACCGCGACUGACCCGGAUUCAGGGCUUUGGGGAGAAGUGAAAUAUUCCAUCUACGGCUCUGGUGCUGAUCUGUUUCUCAUUCACCCCACGUCCGGCAUCAUUUACACGCAGCCCUGGGCCUCUUUAGACGCUGAAGUGAAGUCAAAAUAUAAUUUCUAUGUGAAAGCUGAAGACACUGAGGGCAAAUACAACCUCGCAGAGGUUUUUGUCACGGUGCUGGAUCAAAAUGACCACCCACCAGAGUUCAACCAGAACUUCCUGGAGAAGACCAUGAUCAUUGGGGCACCAGUGAAAAUAGAGGCAGUGGAUGAGGACGCAGAGGAACCCAAUAACCUGAUUGAAUAUUCCAUCAUGAAAGCUGAUCCAGACAACAUCUUCGACAUUAACACGUCCACAGGAGAGAUUAAGCUAAAACCAUACAUCAGGUCUAUGGAGAUUGUGCAGAACAUCACCAAACAGAAAGACUGCCGGUGGUCUGUGGUGGUCCAGGCUCGUGAUCGAGGCUCUCCAUCCUUCAGUACAACGGCGGUUGUGAAAAUCCACAUCACGGAGGCGAAUCGGCUCAAAGGGCCCAUGGCUGCCUUUCUAAUGCAGAGCCGAGACAAUCCCAUGAAAGCUCUUGGCCUGACCGUCAGCAUCAUUACUGUAAUUGUUUUGGUGACAGUUAUGAUCUCCACCAUCAUGUACUUUCGCAACACAAAGUCCAACAGGAUCACGCCAGCACGUCGCAUCAUUCGCAGGAGGCCCAAAGAGCAGCGCAGCUGGACCUUCAGGCCACGGUUUGGACAAAGUGACCAGAGCUUUGGAAAAUUCUUCAUUGAUGAUGACUCGAGUGACAACCACAACACAAACAACAGCAGCCCCAGAGCCAAGCCUCCGGCCCCCAGCGCUCCGGUGCUCCCGCCUCCGCCUCCGGUUCACUCCCGGCCGAGCGAGCGGCUGCGGUCAGUGCCCACGGUGUCCGGCUCCCUGGCCUCCAGAAACACCAGCCGCAGCUCCAGCUGGAGGACCAGCAAAAGCACAGACGGCACCCAGAGAUCUGGCCAAGACAAAGAUGGCAGUGGCAUCAGCUCCGCUCUAGUGUCUGAGCUUAAAAUGAGAAUAGAACAGAAAAUCAAUGAGGCAAAUCAAGGCUACUAUUACUGACACACUCACCGGUGUGAGUAACGGAUACCGAUGCGUGUUUAUGGACCGUUGGACGUUUGAUGUUACAAAAAGCUCGCUGAGAAGUUUAAAGUGGCCGUCUGUUUCACCUAAAGUGUUUUUCUGUUUUUCAACAUGCCAUACAGUCAAAAAUACCUUAAAAAUGUUAAGUAACUUGCCAAUACUGGUCUAUGCACAUACAGUAUGUGUUUGUUAACAGAAAACAGCUAAUGGAUGCUGUUUAUUUCAGUAAUGUUCACCUCAAGCUCUUCAGUCUUGCUGUGCUUCUUAGACCAGUUUAUGCGUGAGUCUAGAUCUGCAAAAGUGAUGCAAACUCCACUGUAAUCUCAUAAUUAGCACCAUACUGCCAUCUUUGGGUUUCAUUCAAUUUAGUCUGAGCAAUCUAUUCAUUAAUACGUGUCAAAAUUUAGAAGAACUUAAAACAACCCUUUUUUGUUUUCUGCAGAUUAUUUAUGUGACUAUUGCAUGUACUUUAUGUCUUACUCUCUAACUCUAUUUCGUCUUUGAACAGAUUUUGCCUUGAGGAGCUUUGGUAAAAAUCUACAGACUUUAUGGACUCGGACUCUGAUUUGUAGUUAUUGCUGUCAAACCUUUUUAUUAUUGUUAUUAUUGUUUUGUUUUGUAUUGUUUUGUAUUUAAUUUUCCUGUACUUUUUCUGAGAAGGAGAGCAGAUGAACAUCCAUGUGCUAUUUGCUGUAGGCAUAUCCAAAUGUCAAAUGUAUUUAUCAUGUAUCAUCAUAUCAAGUCUGUGCUAUAAAUGAAUUAAGAAAUACAAAAUUUUUAAAGUCUUAUCUAAAAAAAUUAAAAGACACUGGUUUCAUUGUC